UAGUUUCGAAAUAAACGUGGUCGUGUCCACUCUGUGGUCACAUCUCUUAGGCCUACUCUCUUUACAGAAUCACUUCGUACACACGGCUGAUUACCAGUGCAUAUUUGAGGCCAGAGACAGCCAUCAACAAGAUAUGAUGUAACCAUAGACCUGUCAUCAGCAGCAAUCUCAGCAUCAUCGCUUAGUUUAACAGCAUCCCGUUUGGAUUCUGGAUUGAGAAACUAUCGAUGUUGGCCAUGUUACGGGUCUCUUCUUCCCUUUUCUUUAAACGGCCUCGUGUAUGCCCAUGUGAGUGUGGGUGUAUUCACGAGGCCGCCCUUUAAUAUCCUAUUCAAUUAUUCUGCGGAUGGAUGGAGAGCACUUGUGGAUGCCUGUCCCGCUGUCCGUAUAUUUCCCAGGCCUGAAGGUCUGGCUGCAAUUAAGUUUAUCCUGUGAAUCAAAUCUUCAACUGAUAUCAGUAAAGCGUGACUUUACUUUUUAAAGUCGGCCUAAAAAUGGCAUUGGACGGAAGUAAAGUACAAGCGUUGGUUUCGGAAGCAUUGAAAGUUGAUGCCAUUGAAGAAGCUUUUAAUGAUUUCCUGAUCCAACGCAAGGAUGAGGGAGUUAAAUAUAGUGCCUUGGAAAAAGAUUUGAUAGCGAUGAUGAAUGACUCUCAGGCUGAAUCACAAGAUGCUAUUUUGCCUCAGUUUAUUGCUGUCAUUUCUGGGGUCAGUAGUGAUUCACACUCAAAAAUAUUAUUUAAACUUCUGGAAAGUGUAGUAAACACAAAUAUUGCAACAUCCCGGAAAGUAUGUGACUCACUUUUGGGCAAUGAGAAGCUUACUCCUGCAAAUCCACUUUUAUGGCAGGGAAGCUUCUCACUCAUCAGGAAAAUUGUGUGUCAUGUGGAUUACAAAGGAGUACGAGAAAUAAUGAAAACAUGCCUGGAAAAGGCACAACUCUUGCCAAGCCGAUUUUCAACAUCAGAAUAUCCAAAUGUAACAGCAUUGGAGCAUACUUUGAAACACAUUCUAGACCGCCAAGUCUGUCUAUUGCCAGCCUAUUUCAUCGUGAAUGAAAUAAGAAAAAUGUAUCCAGAAAACAAAGACUGGCCUCAUUGGAAAUUGGCUGGUCUAUUAUCAGAAGUUGUGGAUAGCUUUCGCCCUUUGGUGCAAAUGCUCUCUCCUAUUGGCAGACCUUUGAUGUUCCCUGUGGUUGACCCCUCUGCCCAUGGUGUCCACCACAGUUGGAAACUGGAACAGGGUACACUCAAACUUGCUUUGAAAGGGAAUUUACCCUAUGAAAAAGAGUAUACGGAGCCACAGACCCGCUUGAUCCGGUACGUUUUGGAGCAGCCCUACUCCCGUGAAGUACUUUGUGGAAUGCUGGGCUUACAAAAGCAACACAAGCAGAGACAUGCAGUAUUGGAAGAACAACUUGUAGAACUACUGGUGCAAGCUAUGGAACGUGCAGAAAUCGCCCCUGAACAGGAUUCAGAUGCCGCCGACGAGUUGGGCGUUUCUCAUUGGCUCUGGCACCACUUAUCCAGCCAAAUCAUUUACUUUGUUCUUUUCCAGUUCGCCUCAUUUUCCCAUCUAGUCACGUUAUUGCACGAGAAAUUGGCAGAACGAAAACUACGCAAAGGGCGCGAUCAAUUAAUGUGGGUUCUUCUCCAGUACAUAUCUGGCAGCAUCCAGAAGAAUCCUCUGGCCGAAUUCUUGCCUCUUUUGCGGCUGUACGAUCUACUCUAUCCUGAGCGUGAACCUUUGCCUGUUCCGGACUACACUCGACCUAUCUGCGUACAUCAAAUGGCCGUUGCAUGUAUAUGGAUACAUAUUGUCAAGAAAGCCCAGACAGAACAACAAAACGCCCAGAAAGAAAUUGCUGCAGCUGCUGCGGCCGCGUCGACUGCCGGAGCUACCGGCACCAAUCCUUCUCCUGCGGCCCCAACUGGAGGGAAAACGGAUUCUCGAGCUUUUACGACUCUGCUUCAGAGACAUUUUCCUCAGGCACUUAAAAAUCACCAAGAAUUUCUACAGCAUAAUGCUCUUAAUCCCCCAAGCAGUGCUCCUUCUGGGGACUACAGGGUAGCUCUGCUUUGCAAUGCAUUCUCCACGACGUUAGACUGUUUGGCUCGCCCUAUGGGUUCGCUAAUGGAAUCGUUGCACGGAAACCUAAGCCAAAAAGGUUCUGGGAACGCAGGAGGAAGCGCUGGUGGUAUGCCAAAUACAGGACCCAUUUCACCCAUUCCGCUGGCCUUUUUAGACGCACUGACUGUGCAUGCUAAAAUGUCGCUCAUUCAUAGUAUUGUGACGCACGUUAUCAAAUGCGCACAAACAAAAAUGAACGUUCCUUUAGCUCCGGCCCUCGUUGAAACGUACAGCCGCCUAUUGGUCUACACUGAGAUAGAGUCGUUAGGUAUCAAGGGCUUCAUCACGCAAGUGAUGACUAGCGUUUCGAAAUCACAAGCGUGGGGUAUCUUCCAUACCCUGGUGGAAAUGUUCACUUUUCGUGUUCACCACAUGCAACCACAAUAUCGCAUACAGCUGUUAACUCUGUUGCAUUCGUGCGCAGUGCCACAACAGCAUCAAACACAGCUGACACUAUGUGUUGAAAAUGCGGCCUUGAGGCUUAUAGGAUUACUUGGUGCAGCAGAAAUGCAACCUUGUUAUUCGCGAUCAGCUGCCGAUAUUAAACCACUCUUCUCAAGCGAUUCGGAAGAACUCAACAGAGCGCUCAUCCUAACGCUUGCUCGAGUAAUCAGCGUCGCUGGAUGUGAAACGCAACAUAGCAGCUGGUACAAGGAUCUGCUAACUUUAAUACAGCAACAGACGCCUCAUAGCUGGUCCAGUAACACACGCGACUGCUUUCCUCCACCCCUAGCCGAGUUCUUCGGACAGGCAGCGAAUCAACCAGUCAAGGAAUCAAAGCAGCAGUUGAAGCAAAAUAUCGAAGAAGAGCACCGAAAAGUAUUGACCAUGAAUCCAGACGAUUGGCCGGCUCACUUUGCCCCACAAUCAAACAAUCCGCCAUUUUUCCUUUGCUUGUUGUGGAAGCAACUUCUUGAAACGGAACGUAUCAAUCCCGUAGCUUACAAGUGCAUCGAACGCAUAGGCGCCAGAGGUUUGGGCAGCCACCUGCGUACAUUCUGCGACUUCUUGGUUUAUGAAUUUGCCAAUUCUGGCAAAGGUCAACACGUUAACAAGUGCAUUGACGUGCUUAACGAAAUGGUGUGGCAAUAUAACGUCGUGACUAUUGAGCGACUCGUUCUCUGUCUGGCCUUGCGUCCCCUGGAAGGUAACGAAGCCCAAGUUUGCUGUUUCAUCAUUCAAUUGCUGCUUCUAAAAACACCGCAGUUCCGUUCGCGUGUUCAAGAUUUCGUCAAAGAUAAUUCGUCCGAGCACUGGCGUCAAAACAAUUGGCACGAAAAGCAUUUAGCUUUCCAGCGAAAGUUUCCAGAACGCUUUGGACCUCCCGAAUCGGUGCUUGAAAGCAUUGGCCAGGGUGGCUCUUACCAAUCUCUCCCUACUUACUUUGGUAACGUUUGCCUCCGUUUCCUUCCCGUUUUCGACAUCACUAUUCAUCGUUUCACUGAGAUUCCACCAGUAACCAAAUCGCUCGAAACCAUCCUAGAACACCUAGGCUGCUUGUACAAAUUUCACGAUCGACCAGUCACUUACCUUUACACAACGUUGCAUUACUAUGAGCGUAAACUGCGAGACAGGCCACUACUAAAACGAAAACUGGUUUCCUCCAUCAUGGGCUCUCUUAAAGAUGUCAGACCUCCUGGGUGGGCUUUAUCCGAGUCGUACUUAAACUAUAGCACUCGUCAAGCUGAUGAUUUGAAUUGGCUGCCAGAAUUGGAUUAUUAUGUCAAGUUAGUUGGGCGCCUUGUUGACACUACUGCAGGACGUUCUCCGUUUCCCUUUCCGGCAAUGGACUGGCGUUUUAAUGAAUUCCCGAAUGCUAGCUGCCAUGCCCUUUAUGUUACAGCUGUUGAGCUCUUGGCACUUCCUGCUUCACCUGCAAUCGUAGCCAAUGCAUUGAUGGAUGUCGUCUUACAAGGAUACAAUCUUUUGCCAGUUUCGGAAGCAACACCAUUAGAAUCUUGGGUGAAUGCUGUUGGCCUUCUUCUGACAUACUUGCCGGAGUCGUAUUGGUCGGUCUUGUAUGACCGAAUCGUCGAACUGUUAAGCGGUCCACAGCUUUCCACAUAUACGUACCCCUGUUCACCAUUGCAUCUCUUCCAUUUCUCGACAGUCGUUGGCCAAGGACUUGAUGCUCCUUUUGUCCUUUUGCUCGCCGUUUCCCAUGCAUUCUUCACCCACGCAAAUAUAGGUCAAAUGGGUGGCCUUCCACAGUUUGUCAAAGAUCGCUUGCAUCCACUUAUUCGUACUGAGGAACAGUAUCUUUGGCUUUGCCAUUUGAUCGGUCCAACUUUACAGCGGUUCAGUGUCGACAAGCCCAAAUGCGUUUUUGAUUUGACGGUUGAACUCUACGAGCUGCUCGAACAAGUGGACAAGAAUGUGGCUGAAAUCAGGAUGAUUGACCCUAUUUGUGAUCUACUCUACCACAUCAAGUACAUGUUCACUGGCGAUCAAGUGAAGACUGAAGUAGAGCAAGUUAUAAGGAACUUGAAGCCACCAUUACGACUCCGACUUAGGUUUAUCAGCCAUUUGAAUCCACAGUGAUUUCUGAUCCUCAAAACCGACUGAAAUCGUUUUUAAAAAUGUCGGAAAUACUAUCUAUUUUUCUUUUCUAUUCCCAACAGAUGUGUACAAAUUGAAUUACGUUGUCUUUGAUAAUAAAACAAUUUUGGGCCCAUC